AUGGCUUCCAAUCAAACCUCUCUCCAGGAUCCAAAAAUUUCCCACCCUGCCAACGACUUGGAGCAGCAAAUAACCCUAGGCAUGGAAGACAACGACUUCGACUACUCCAAACGGUCCCAAUGGCUCCGAGCAGCAGUCCUCGGAGCCAAUGACGGGUUGGUCUCCACUGCCUCCCUAAUGAUGGGCGUUGGAGCCGUGAAGCAAGACAUUAGGGUCAUGAUCUUGACCGGGUUUGCUGGUCUAGUGGCCGGAGCUUGUAGCAUGGCCAUCGGGGAGUUUGUCUCUGUUUACUCGCAGCUCGAUAUAGAAGUUGCUCAAAUGAAGAGAGAUCAGAGAAGGGUACGUGAUGGAGUGAGGGAAGAGAAAGGAGAUGGAGAGAAGGAGAAUUUGCCGAACCCACUGCAGGCGGCCGCAGCCUCGGCUCUCGCGUUUUCGGUCGGCGCAAUGGUGCCACUGCUGGCUGCAUCGUUUAUAAGAGAGUACAAAGUGAGAAUAGGGGUAAUGGUGGCGGCGGUGAGCUUUGCUUUGGUGGUGUUUGGGUUGUUAGGGGCUGCACUAGGAAGAGCUCCAGCGGUUAAGUCUGCAGUGAGGGUUUUGGUUGGAGGUUGGCUGGCUAUGUCCAUAACAUUUGCGUUAACCAAGUUGAUUGGUUCCAGUGGGCUGUAA